AUGGGUUUCUUCUCGCCGGCUCCAUACCAUAUCCUCAGCUAUGGCACCCUCCUUGGGACGACCUUCUUCCACCCGCAGACCUUCGUAGGAGGAAUCAUCUCCUUCCGCGUCCUCCCGCGCCCGCAGUUCGGCGCCCUCAUGGCCGAGAUCUUCCCCGUCUACUUCGCCAUGCAGGCCGUGCUCCCGGCCGUGCUCGUCCUGACGUACCCAGCUGGCGGUGUGGCGGGCGUGCUGGACCCGGUGAACCGAUGGGACGUGCUGGUGCCGCUGGCGGGCGUGUUCCUCUGCGCGCUGGCGAACUUGGCGGUCGUCGGGCCGGCGACGACGCGCGUGAUGGAGGAACGGAGGCGGCUGGAGAAAAAGGACGUCAAACGGGCGGAUGACGCGCCGACGCGGGCGCAGGAGAGCCUGGCGCUCAACAAGAAGUUCUCCAUGUUGCAUGGCAUCUCGUCGCUGCUGAACCUGGGGUCGUUUGUCGCCACCGUCAUCUACGGGGUCACCCUCUCCGGGCGGCUGUCAUGA